AUGUCGAAAAGAGCAAGCGACAAACAUCAGCAAGUCGAAACCGACAUUGCAAAUGAUGAUAAUGAUGAUAUGAACAUAUCUGAGGAUGAAGAAGGUGGAACAAGAAUUGGCGGCAUUUACAUUCCUCCUCCUGUAAAAGCUUAUUGUUCUGCUGAAAGUAAAGGUCCAAGAUUAAUUAUUCGCUUUAUCAAAAACACCAAUUUUAAAAGUUACGCAAAUACAGUGCAAAUUGGACCAUUUCAUCACAGAUUCUCAGCUGUUAUUGGACCUAAUGGCAGUGGUAAAAGCAACGUUAUUGAUUCAAUGCUCUUUGUGUUUGGAUAUCGUGCUCAACAAAUUCGUUCUAAAAAACUUUCCGUGCUCAUUCAUAACUCAAUGCAAUUUCCUAAU